UACAGUGGAAGGCGUAACUGUUUCCGGUGUCAAAAAAGUUCGAACAGGCAAAAUGGAGGUUGCGACGGCGACGGAGGCGUCGGCGCCGGCGGCGAGCGGCGGGGCGAGCAGGCGGGGCCACCCGUUCCCGUGGCUCGACGUGGCCAUCUCGGAGCCCUACUACUUCCUCCACCUCAUCGCCUUCUUCUCCUACUUCGCGGCCCGCACCACGGCGCCCGCGGCCGAGGACGACCCCGAGCUCCACAGCCGCCUCAUCCGACGGGAGAUCCAGGCGGUGCUCGUGUUCCUGGUGCUCUUCACAGUGAAGAUUGUGAAGGAGGAACACUGGGAAACAUUCAUCGCUGAUUCAUUGCUCUAUGCAAAGGGCCUCUUGUUGGUUGUUACUUUUGUUAUCGAUUAUUGGUUGACCGUUGGCUACUUACUGGGAUUUAUUGUUAUAUAUGCUAUGGCUCAACAGCCACCUUAUGAUGGCCUAGGUCAUUUAAAUCAUUUGACCCCGUUGCAACUGGAAAGCCUGCUAACUGAAGAGCCAACAACACGAUUUUGGCUGGUUGAGUUCCGGACUUCCUUUUUAACACCAUGUAUACAAGCAAGCAGUGUCAUGCCUGAACUCUCUAACAUAUACUCCAACAAGAACAUUUCUUUUGGAUUAGUUGAUCUUGGGCAUUUUCCAAAUGCUGCAGCGAGGUUUGGAAUAUCCAUGUGGGAUCAUCUUCCCACUUAUAUACUGUUUGACAAGGCGACCGAAGUUGCUCGGCUCCCAGAAAUUGGAAACGGAACAAAAGUAUUCGUGCCAAAAGUUACCAAGAAGCUUCUCUGCCAGCACUUUGAUCUUGACAGGCGACUGAUUGAAUUCCUGUCUACCUAGUUGAUCCAUUGUCUAUCCCAGGUGUGUCAAAUUGAAGGUGACAAUUCGGACAAGAUAAAUGGACCAGACAGUUGUGUGGAAGCGAUUACUUCAAGGGGGGCAUCUUCAAGCUUGUUUUAUUCGAUGGGUUUGGUCGCACCCAUCCAAUCCAAGGCCAGUAUACUUUGUGGCGACAAAUAUGUUUUCGCAUCUUACUAGUUACUACGACCUGUCACUUCUUGAAUUCUGGAAUGUUACUACCCCUGUAUAGAUCUUGUAAUGAUUCGCCGACUAUGCUUUCCACUGCAGUAGUGGUCAAUCCAGACACCAUUCGUUUCCAAA